AUGUCAACUACGAACUGCAUACCCGACACGAGUUCGAUAUGUGAUAGCGGUUCGAACAACGAAGCGUCAUCCUCCAACCCCAAUGACCACCAGAAUAGCGCUAGCGAUGAAAAUGAAAAGAGUUUACUUCUUUCCUUAGGCUUGCCCGACGAUUUCUUCGCGGCGAUUGUUCCCAAUUCUCAAGUUGAUGGCAGUGCCGUACCUUCAUCAGCAGCCCCUGGUUCUGGUAUCGUUGUCGGGUACGAGCCAUAUACUUUGAACGCAAUGCUAAUAGACGGUGAGCCAUAUGACUGGGCAUCAUAUCAUCCACAUAUUAGAGGAGUACAUUCUUAUCCGUUUAUGUCAAAUUUGCAAUUCAGGUCUCUCUUACAAGUGACACAAACAAACCUGGACAAUGUAUAUCAUCACAACGAUCAAUCACACUCUGGUGUGCAUCUCACGAGGCCGACUACGCAAUCGGACCUCCUGACAAGAACGCAUCUGGCCUGGCAGCAACAAUCAGAAAUAAGAUCAUCACUUGGCGAAUAUAGUGACAACGGUCUGCCACCUUUACAGCCAUAUCCAGGCGCAAUUCCGCAACAAGUUGGUAUCUAUGACAAUAGACCGCUUCAGCAACCAGUACGUUGUAUGAGUACGCCUCAACUCUACGGCGAGGUACACACCGCAUAUAUGCAUCGCGACGUUGACCAUGUAUCAAUCGAGCCUUAUAUUUCUGAAAAUUACUCUUUCGACACGAUAAAUGUAUUGAAUAUGCUGGCUUGGGAUCCACAGAACUCAACACGUACUAACAGCACAGAUCCGGAGUCACCGCCCCGAGACGUAGAUCUGUGUGCUGAUGCCAUGAUUGAUCUGAAUACAGCACUGGCAAAGCACCAGUCGUAUGAUCUGCCGUUUGCAACUAGCCAGCUGAGCGAUGUUUCGGAUGAGGCGCCCAUAUUGCCAGCUCAGACAAGAUUGCAAGCAAAAAAACGUCAGAGAGCUAUACUUCCACGUUUACCCACGUCGUCUGAGCACGAAAAAGGUGCCCGAACAUUAUCGUUCCCUAUGGGGUUGCAACCUCUUGUAGACAAAAGCAAGUCAACUAAACAUCGGGAACGUGUAACAAUGCACUUGACUCCAGAUUCAAUCAACACUCGGAAGUUCAGAGGUACACAAACUGGCACUUAUAUGUCCGGUAGGCGCUGCGAAUAUACAGUAAAUAGCAGAGCACACAAGCUAAUCGACGGCAGAUCGGAUAGUGUGCAAUUUAACGGCAGGCCCUUUGCAUCACCGCCUACUUUUGAUUUUGUAGCUUCCUCGCAUCGUAGCCUGAGUUUGCGGCGAUCUACAUCACUAUCUAACGAACCCCCCAGCAACUUCAAUCUGACUACAGCAAGCCCAUCACCGAUGGACACGGGCAGCCCGCAAUUUGUCCACCCAGCAGAAACCGAGUAUUCUGAUGACGAACUCAAUGCUAAUUCUACAGCACUAUUCCCGGCUGUAUAUUUCAGUACGCAUAGUCUCAAUAGUGCACAACCACUCACACCAUAUCCUGUAUCGUUCCAAACCCAACAUAACAAAAGAGCGGACGAUAUUGUAGACAAAGCAAUGAGGAAAAAACAUAUCCACAAGUACUCCGAAAUGAGUCGUCGGGAGCGAUUGAAACAGGCGUUCCGUGAAUUGCAACAGGCUGUGCCUGACGCUGUGCCCAAGGGCAGGCGCAAUCUCAAUAGAGGGAUAGUUCUACAAGGAGGUCAGCAACCCAUCGACUAUAUCAAGGCGAUGCACGAGAAGAAAAGUAAACUAUUCCUUGACAGGGCUGCAGAGCUCGAAACGAAUCGGAAUCUGCGCGAGAGGCAUGUUUCUUUUCGUACUGAUGAGAGCUCGGUUGAACGAACACAGUUUUCAAGUCGAUACAUUCUUGUGAUCGUUGGAUCGUUGUUGACUGCUUACCAUGGGAUUUAA